AUGAACCCAGAAACGAAGGCUGACGGUGAAGCUCCUUCUUCCGACAUCACACCAGAUGCCAUGGAUGCACAAUGCCUGACCGGUCCAAAACUUUACAGCGUUCUUUCUGGCCUCAUGAUUGCAACGCUUCUUAUCUCCCUGGAUGCCUCCAUUAUUGCGACUGCCAUCCCCGCCAUCACCAGCCAGUUCAAUACAGCAACAGACAUAGGAUGGUACGGCGCGGCCUACCCACUGGCCAUGUGCGCCCUGCAGCCUCUGAGCGGCAAGCUCUCAACAAUAUUCUGCAUACGGUGGACGUACCUCGUCUUCUUCGGCGUCUUCCUUCUCGGCUCCCUCCUCUGCGGCGCAGCAAACAGUUCCACAAUGUUUAUUGUCGGCCGGGCAGUAGCGGGCAUUGGAGGCGCAGGUGUUGUCUCUGGUGGUCUCUCUGUCAUCGCACUGGUCACGCCAACAGCUCAGCGUCCGCUGUUUUCCGGACUGAUCCUGUCGCUCUAUGUUGUUGGGACGGUGAUUGCGCCCAUCAUCGGGGGUGCCUUCACGACUCGGGUCUCUUGGAGAUGGUGCUUCUAUAUCAAUCUCCCGACUGGAGCAGUUACAGUUGCGACGUUGCUGUUUUUCUUUCACCCCCCACAGAACAACAAAGCCGCAGCCCAGGAGAAGACGAUACUCCAGAGAAUCUUGCAGCUGGACUUGAUCGGCUGUGUGCUGUUCGUCUCAUCGAUAGUCAUGUUCUUCCUAGCUCUGCAAUGGGGAGGGGGAGAAUAUGACUGGGAUUCAGCGACUAUCAUCGGCCUCUUCGUUGGGUUCGUUGUAUCGAUGCUGCUGUUUAUCGGGUGGCAGAUACGCAAAGGCGAAGCAGCAUUGAUUCCUUUAACCCUCCUUAACGAUCGCUCUGUGGUGCUGAGCAUUCUCUUCGGAUUCUUGUUCAUGGGCGCCUUUAUCGCCCCUGUUUACUACCUCCCGGAGUGGUUCCAAAUCGUCAACGGUGCGAGCCCUAUGCGAAGCGGAGUCAUGCUCCUCCCGUCAGUUUGUGCACAGGUCUUUGGAGCUAUUGCCUCUGGUGUAGCUGCUAAAUACGUACGAUACUACAACCCCUGGUUCUUCAUCGGCUCAGGUAUGCAGUGUAUUGCCUCGGGCUUAUAUACAACCUUCAAGCCCUUCUCAACAUCACCAGGCAAGUGGAUAGGGUUCCAGAUCCUACAGGGUCUCGGAUGUGGACUCGCAGCGCAAAUGGCCCUUCUUACAGUCCAGAAUGCGCUCAAAGCCAGUCCCAGCAUGAUCCCAGUUGGUAUUUCCACCAUCAUGUUUGCGCAGUACUUUGGAAGUUCCGUAAUGCAGACUGCGGGUGCUGCCAUAUUUCACAAUAAACUAGUUACCGCCCUUGAAUCUGGCGCUGGCGCCGGCUUGAACGGCACCGGUGUCGCGAUGCUGCUGGAGGCUGGGAAUCUCAAGGUGAAACAGACGGCCCAUGAAGCUUUUCCUGGCCGUGUUGAUUCUAUAAUCACUGCGUAUAAUGAUGCUAUCACCACUGUCUUUUAUCUUGCCGUGGCUGCGAGUGCAAUGGCGUUUGUCUUAGCUGCUGGUAUCAGGUGGGACAAUAUCAGCCAGCCCGGCUCCAGUGGGAUAACUGAAAAGCACUCUGCAAGUAACCAGCCAGAGCCUUGA